AUGUCGUUGUGGGAUCUGCCGCUCGUCACGUCCGUGGCGUUCCAUCCCCGCUCCCAUGCCAAGAACUCGUUGCUUCCAUCGAACGCCACCGAUGGCACGUUUGCUUCUCCCGCAGUUUCGCUGGGCUACCGCUUCUACCGACCGUCACCGACGUACGGAGCAGUCGUAUUGCUUUUCCAUGGCAAUGCAGAGAUUGCUCCAGAUUAUGCUGCAGCGUCGUCAGUAUUGGCAUCUCAAGCUAUCCCGACAGCCUUGCUGGUCGUGGACUACAGGGGAUAUGGAUGGAGCUCUAGCGAACCGAGCCUGUCAAGCCUCCUCGGAGAUGCAGAGCUCGUGGCAAGUCAACUUGACUCGGUUCUCACCUCAAACGUGCCCGUCGUCUUGUUUGGCAGAUCCAUUGGGUCACAGUGUGCAAUUCACUUGGCGAAAAAAUUCCCAUCCAAGUUUCAUGGCCUGAUCAUCGAGAGCGGCUUCCAUUCCAUCUUGCAACUUCCUAUGGUUAAUCAAAUGGCCAUGAUGCUCCCAGGCGGAGCUGGCAUGCUUCAAAUGCUACCAGAGCUCUUUCACUCACUCGACAAAAUGACUCAAUUACCCGCGACGACAUCUGUGCUUAUCAUCCACGGUGAGGACGACGAGAUUGCCCCAGUGAGCCAAGGCAAAGAAUUGUAUGCCGCUUGUGGAACAACCAAGAAGACCCUGAAAGUGUUCCCUAAUGCAGGUCACAACGAUCUCGUCCUGCGACACCAUGCACCGUACUACGAUGCUAUUCGUGCUCUCAUUCAAGAAGCUAUAGCGAAUGCCUCGUCAGGUAACUCAUGGAGACACCUCAACUCUUCAUGGCCCUUGGUGUAGCUGGCAACGAUCAAGACGUAAUCAAGAUAAUGGACGCGUUGUCGUCCAAGGAAUUCGACGAGGUGCUGGCACUUGGGGCUCAAGUCUUGCAAUCAGACCGUCUACAACUUGAAAGCCAGUGCCAAGUGUUGGAGUACAUGGCAAAAGCAUCUUGGCAUGCCCGCGACUGGCAAGGCGUCGUCAAGUACACAACGCGGCUGCUGAACCGACGUCCCGAGCAUAUCAAUGGGUUGUGCUUGCGAGCAAAAGCAUUCGCCGAGAUGAACGACUUGGACUCGAUGCGGGACGACGUGCUUGGACUCAGCGAACUCCUUGUUGGAACCGACGCAGGAAAGUCGACGGAAGCGUCCAUUGCUAUGGCGUUGUUGGCAAUUCACUCGUGGACAGUGCAAUAAUACAUGAUGCCACUCUCCACGUCAUUGAGUGUCGAGAACAACGAAUCACCAAUUCGGGCACAAGUUCAACUACGCAGCGCAUGCAUGCUGGUGUGAUGGCCACUGAGUGUUGAAUACGCAGCUUGCUCUCAGUCCCAAAUACAUCGUCGACGUGGGAUAUUGUCGCGGCGAAGGAGUGCCUUGUAGGCCCAUUU